CUCUCUCUCACUCUCUUUCUCGUCACAACCUUCGCUCUCUCCUUAGCCUCUGCCGCCCACUGCCGCUUGAAUCCACACUCCUCAAUCUCUCACUGCCACCGUUCUCCACAUGUUCACCUCUCCUCUCUCCUUUUUUUUCAAAGCAAUUCUUGGGAUGUUUCUGAAGAUGGUCUUGAUGCUCAACACAGCUACAAGAAUAUUGAGAUUGAUAGUAUGGUUCAUAGGGCUACUAAGUGGAGUAGAGCAGUACACACCGAUUCCACUCAGAAUAUUGAGACUAACCCUACACUUGGUAGGGCUACCAAGCAGACUAGAGCAGGUCGUGGCAGGGUUUUUCAGUCUCAACCAUCUCAAACAAACACGGAGCCAACUUUGACUAGAGCAAGUUGUGAUAGGGCUUCUCAAUUUCAACUUUUUCAAACACAUAUUGAGCCAACUCAUCAGGUUGACCAUGAGCAGCACGGCUUCGAAACAGUGCUCCAUAACUUGAUGACAGAACACAAUUGUCAGUCAAAACAGGGACGUUCAUUCGGUUGGGGUUUUGAGAUGCUCUUUGAAAGUGAGAUCUAGCAAAUUGGUGACUACUGAUCAAAGUGUGCCAUGCUUUGGAUACACACUUGAAUUGCAUAAGAGACUUCACUAGUAGUCUCGAAAGAAUUUCCUCGACGAGAUCAUUUGGUAUAGUAUAGCUUCAUGGCCAUGCCUUGCAAAUUCUCAUACUCAGCUCAGGUCCUUGGCUCUCUAUAAUCAAUAUAUAAGAAAAAGAAUGGUAAUUAGGAAUGUAACAUAUUAAAAUUUAUAGUAAAAUGAAAAGGUUCAUCCUAAACAAAGUUGUGUUAAUUUGAGGUAUUGGGAGGACAGAUUGUAUUUAGUUGGGAGCCUUUAGGCGAUGGUUACUGUAACAUCCUGUUUUUGAGUAUGUGAGCAUUCUAAUGUUAAAGGUGGUCUCUCUCUCUGUAAUUGACUUUUAGUUUCUGCACAAGU